UUUUGCUGUCGUCUUCAGAGUUUUUCCUCGUAUCGUGGCCUAUUUUACAAUGAACUAGAUUGACUCAAAUUUGAAAAAAUCGUAGAAUCAGACAACGCUCUGUGUUUCGGAAGAAAUUUGUUUUUAACGGAUUUGAGUCAGUUUUUUAAUGAAUGUUCUCAUUAUGAGGAUUCGUGAAAUUUCACUUCGAGUUCUGACCCAACUUUCCUGACUUCUUUAAUCAAAUGGCGAUUAUUAGAUAAAACAGACAGUUUUCGCGUCAUUUACCACGAUGUCAGGUCAGAGUGGAGGGCAUCGCUUACGGUUGUCCAAACUCAACGAUCAGCUGACGUGCAAAUUAUGCAGUGGAUAUUUCAUUGAUGCCACUACUAUUAUAGAGUGUUUGCAUUCGUUUUGCAGGAGCUGUAUCGUCAAGUAUCUGGAGAACAAUAAGUAUUGUCCAAUAUGUGAGGUACAGGUGCACAAAAGUAAACCACUACUCAACAUUCGUCCAGACCACACUUUGCAGGACAUUGUGUAUAAACUGGUACCUGGAUGCUACCAAAAUGAAAUGCGGUGUAGGAGAGAAUUUUACUCAAAAUAUCCUGAAGCAUGCACUCAAGCAACAUCUCCAGAGGCAAGAGGAGAACCUAUUGAAUCACAUAUAUAUUCUCCGGAUGAAUCCCUUAGUUUAUCAUUAGAAUAUUUUAGUCCAUCCAAGGAUGUUAAAGGAAUAGCUGUGAAAUCUUUGUUGAGGCGGUAUCUUCGUUGUCCUGCUGCAGUAACCAUUUUUCAUUUACAAAAGCUUAUACGAGCUAAGUAUGGCUUAACUGAUGCACAUAGGGUUGAUGUAAUGUAUAAAGAGGAACCACUGUGCAGUAGUUAUACAUUAAUGGAUGUGAUGUAUAUUUAUCAUUGGAGGCGAAAAGUGCCAUUGCAUUUAAGUUAUAGGAUAUUUGAAUCUUCUCCAAAACGAAUAAAACUUUCAGAAGACAAUGUCAAUUAUAAAACGUCUUUACUUCAUGCUGGAAUCGAUCCUAUUGAAUCAAAAGAAGAAAAAUCAAUAAAAAGAGAAUGGAAGGAAGUUCAGUUAAAAAUUUCUGAAACUGGUAUAAUGAGCAUUACAGGUAUAACGGACCAACAAUUUAAGAAAAAUACAAGAGUCGAAGACCCUAUUACUAGUGUUGAAACAAUAAAUACAUCAAUAAUUGAAGACAGUGCUAAUCGAAAUAACAUGUCUGAAGUCAGUAAAGAAAAUGAACAAUCUUUAGACAGAAAAAGUGUUAAUGAGUCUGAUAUUUCUUCCAAAUUAAACAAAUUUAAUGACCAAAAAAGCUCAAAUCAAACAGAAGCUAUAAAGACUUCCAUAAAAGAAGUAGAUAAUAUAAACUCUAAACUUGAGGAAGAAUCGAAAAAUCUGUUAGAUAAUAACAAUAUUGAAGAUAAAUCAAUUUUACAGAAAAGUAGCCAGUCACAAGAAAUAACGCAAUAUCUAAGUGAAUAUGAAAUUAGAAAUAAUAAUAUUGAAAAUAAAGAUCAAAAAGAGACAUCAAAAAAUAACAAUAAUAUUAUUAUGGAAAAAUUGGAAACUUCUAAGCAGAAUUCAAAAAAUGAAGUAAAGUUUGUGAAUACAGGGUCAAAAAUCAAUGCUCUAAGUGUAAAAUUGCAGUUUCAACCAAAAAUUGGUAGUAAUAAUGCUUCUUCAAAGAAAAUUGCAAGAGAUAGAAAGAUUAUACCACAAUCGUCUAAAAAGGUAGACAUAAAAAUUACUGAAUCUUUGAAAUCUGCAGAAUUGAAAAAUUCUUUUGACUCUUCAAAAGCACAAGUUAUGACAAAUAAUUGUGGUGUUACAAUAAGUAAAUCGUUAAUUCCAUAUUCUACAAAAACCAUAUCACAAAAAUCUAUAUCUGAAUUACAGGAUAACGUUGAAUCAGUUUUAUCAACAUACCCAAGUACUUCAAUUAGUUCUGAAGUAAAAGAAACAGAAAUUAACAUAAAACAUGUGCAAUCAGUUGAUCAAAAGGAAGAAUAUUCUGUUCAAGGAGAAAGUACUUCAGAAAAAAAACCAUAUGCAACAGAUCAAAUUUUAACAGAAUCUUGUCAAAGAACAAGUGAACAAACAAAUACACUUCUUAAAAAAUCACCAUAUACGCAAAUUGAACCGUUAACGAAUGAUAAUCUUACAUCUUUAAAUCUUUCGACUUCUCUACCUAUGUCUGUUGGUAAUGGAAUCAAUUCAUCAGUUUUUACAUCAACAAUAAGUCAAUCUACAUCUACAUUUCCUUACACAGUUCAGGAUUUGGUAAAUAGUACAAUGUUAAAAAGCUCUCUCAAGAGUUUGACGGCGUCAACAACACAAAAAUUAUCUGCUACUACAGUUUCUGAAAAUGAAGUGCCUACUUCUUCAGUAUCAGAAAAUCCUACAGCAUUUACUAUACCUUCUAUUAAUGUGUCUUCUUCUUUAAAGAAUAGUUACCCAAGUUCAAGUACUUCAAAAGAGUCCGUUUUAAAAGCAAAUUUGGAAAUAACUAAUACAUAUUCAGUACCUCCUUGUCCUGAUGCUAUUCCAAUUUCCUUAAUGAAACCAACUAUUCGUAAAACUGAAUUAAUUACAAAGGGUUCUAAUUUAAAUGAAAUUUGUGCAAAAAUUGGAGCCUCUGGUUCAAAAAUUAAUGAUAUUUGCGCGAAAAUUGGAGAAAAUUCUAAAGAAAAAAACAAAACAGAAGCGAGAAGUAAAUCUGAUAUUCCAGAUUUAUUAAAAAUUGGAAGAAAGAAUGGUUCACCAUCAAUCACCAUAGAUUCUACUAAUAAACUGCAACAACAUACAAGUAUUCCAAAUGUGCCCGUUUAUGCACCCAAUAGUAAUGCAAUCACAACAGAAAGCAAAAAUAUUUAUUCAAAUGUAAAAGAUAGUCUUAGGGCUACUUCAUUAAUAACUACUUCUCCAAUAGCAACAUCACACUCUUUACAAAAGGUUCUUUCCAUUUCUAAAAAGCAAAGUCAAGCAGUGGGUUACAAGACUCUUCGUGAUCCUCCAAAAUGUUGGAAUCCUACACUUUCUAAAAAUAAUUAUGUAGCAGUUAAAAAUCAAAGUAAAGAAACACAAAAUCAAUUACAUCAAACUACACUUUUUGAAAGAAGUAAAACUAUUCAGUCUAAACCUGCUAAGAUUUUUAAAAUGAGAAAUAUGCCAAGAUAUUUGGGUAAUCCUGCUUCUGGAGUGAAACCAAUGUAUGGCAUUGGUAAUGAAUGUAAAGAAAAAGAACAAUCAACAAUGACAUCAACAACAACAACAACAAAUACAUCUAGUAGUUCUAAAAAUGGGAAUUUGAGUAUGAUGAAGAUAGAUCCUAAAACCCUAUCUCCAAUUGUCUCAACUGUUAAUUCACCUAUUGUUUCACCACCUCCAUAUUCUCCUAGUGCAAGGAAUUACCCAAAUCCUCCAUUCUCAAGAGAUAUUUGUAGGAGUACUGGUUCACCAAUAUCUCCAAAAAAUUCUCCAGUAAAUAUGCUUUCAACAAGCCCUUUUAUACCUUCUCCAACACCAAACAUGAAUCCUAGAUUAAUUUAUUCUCAUUUUCCACCACCAUUUCCAGAUGCUACCAGAUUUCCAAAUCCUUUGAUACGUUCACCAAUAGGAAUUCCAUCUCCCAGUGCCUUCCAUAGUAAUUUACCUCCUUCAAUUAAUAAAUUAUAUCAAAGAUCUAGUUAUAUUCCACAAACUACUGGUUUUUCUCCAGUUUCACAACCUCCAACAGUUCAGAGAAUACCACCAAGCACUUAUUCCUCACCUAAGUCACCUAAAACUACCUCUUUAACAGCAAUUUCUCCUGCAUCUUAUAACUUGGUCAAACCUGAAACACAAACGAUUGCAACAACAUCUCUUGAGACUAAUAACCUGUUUCUUCCAGAAAGUACAUCACAAGAAGAUGUCAGUGCAUUUAAUUUAUCUAAGACUGGAAAUUUUUGUAACACGGAAACUGUUAAAGUACUGACAGAAACAGUUCGGAACUCUAAAUCAACUUCACUUUCUUCUAGUUCAAGCAUUGGACAGAAUAAAAAUGCAUCGAUAGUUAAUUCAAAAACUAAAUUAGAAACAUCUCCUCUAAGUACUGGUGAUCAGGAUCAAAAUAAAGAACGAGUAGAAAAGGAAGCUAUAAAAUGUAAAGAACAAAAUUUAUGUACUUCAAAAGUACAAAAUUCAGAGAAAAACCGAUUUGAUGGGGAUAGUGAUAGUGUAAAUAUAAAGAAAGAAAACUCAACUACUCAAAUUAAUGGAGAUCUUACUAGUGAAAAUAAAGAGGAAAUAGUAGCAGAAAAAAAUAUAGAACAACAAAGUGAACAGAAUGAAACAAAGAUAAUACAAGUUUCUGAAAAAAUUAUUGAAAAAGAAGAAACAGAAGAACCCAAAAAUGAGAAAUGUGAAAAAUCUGAGGGACAACAGAAUAAUUCUGAGAUUCAAAAUAAUAAAACAGAGACAUAA